GGCGGCGCUACUAGUUACAAACUAGAGGAUUAGUUAGUGAUUCGCGUCAGUAAUUAGUUUUGAAUGAAUAGCUUCGUGUGUAGAAGGUCUUAGACUGACAUAAAAAGUCAACAGACAUAAAUUCAGAAAGCUGUGUCACCACUAUAAAUGAAUUAAAUAUAUAUUCACAAUUUCAUACAAUAUCGGUAGUAUAAGACAAAUACUUAUUACACAGAUACGAAUACUGCUUUUCUGGUAGCAUAGAGUAGUUUUGGAGAAUAACGGUGAUUGGCUGUUACUGUUACACUGGCCUAUUCCAAAUAUCUUCACAUGGGACUGUACCUUAAUAAGUUGAGUGCUUCGUGUAACGCUGGUUGCCAAAAAAUUUAACCAUGUUGUGAUACAUGCACCUCUAACAUUAAUUUAUUUAACAAUUAACAUAUAAGUUAAUAAACAUUUUACAGGUCACUUGACUAAAUAUGAGUACACAAAAGGGCAAUACAUCUCGAACUCGUCCUCAAAAACAUAAAAACCGUACAGCUUUCAAAAACAGUCUUCAUGAUACGAACCACAGAACGAAAAUGAUCAAUUCAAUACAAGUUAGUGAAGUAUGUGUUCGAUGUAAAGAUAUAAUAGAAUGGAAAAUAAAAUAUAAGAAAUACAAACCACUGACUCAACCAAAAACAUGUACCAAAUGUGGGUUGAAAAAUGUUAAGAAAGCUUAUCAUGUAAUGUGCACAGAAUGUGGGAGACAAUUGGGAGUUUGUACAAAGUGUUGUCAAAGUAAAGAAGUUAUUGUUGCCGAACCUCCAGAAAAAGAGCAGCUGAAGUUAGAUAAUGAACUUAAGGCAUUGCUACAGUCACUUCCGGAAAGAAAAAGAAGGACGUUUUUAAGAUAUUUGGACAAAAAAGGAAAAGAAAAAGAGGAAAAAAUCGAAGAGAAAUCUUCUAAAGAUACUACAGCAGAAGAUGAUAGGAAAGAUUUGUUAAAUAAAUUGAAUUCUUUAAAAAUGAACGAUGAAGAUGAUGAAGACUUUGAUGAUUUCAUAGACAGUGAUGAAAAUAAAGAUGAAGAGGAUGAUAGUGAUGUUUCAUAGUUAUUUGUCAAAAUUCCUUCUGAAUGGAAAAUAAUAUAAUGCCAUUUACAUAUACAGAGGUUUUGAUAAGUUUUUGUCAACUCAGCAAAUUUUUAUAUGAUAAUUUAGUUCAGGAUAUAGAGAAUAAUAGAAGUUUGUAUACCUAGCUUCAAAAAUGGACUCGUUCUGAAUAGAACGAUAUGUUGGACUACUUAGAAAUAAUUGACAGAUUAAAUGAAUUUUACCCCCUAGAAGUUGGCACUGCACUUUGGAGUUACAGAAAUUUUGCUCUAAAAUGGCAAAGGGCUGAAAAUGAAACUGUCAGAGAAAAUUGUGCAAAACAAACGAUUUUUGCAGUUAUUUUAAGUCUGUGCUAUACGGUUCCAUAAUAUUUUUGAAAAAAAAAUAAUUUUAAGAAAAAAUUAAUCAAAUUAUUAAACUAAUAUCCCACUGCCAGUUCAAUUUCGAGGAAUCGUUAUUAUAUUGAUUGUUCCGAGAGUUUUAUAUUUGUUCUAAGUUUGUUUCACUUUGUUCUGGAACAGUUCUAGCUAGAUUUUUCGAGGCUUCUCUACCUUCUUAGACAGUAGCUUGUUUAAGAGACAUUUAUUUUUAAGAAGUUUGCAGAUAAUUCAAUUUCGAGAUGUUACUGCAUUUUUAAGACAUCUCAGCUUUGGUGGUUGUUAUACAUUUUUUCAACAGCCCAUUUGAAAAAAAAAAUGUUUCAGUUCAAAAAUUUAUUUUCAAUUCUACCUAAAGGUUUCGUUCUUAGCCCUACGCUGAUCCAAAAUAAAGUAGAACAAACCUAGAAAAACCGCAAAAAUCUGGAAAAAAAACUACAACAGCUCAGAAAAAAUCAUAUAAUGAAAUUUAUUAAAAUUGAGGAGUAAUUGGGAUAUUAAUUGAAUAAUUUAAUCAAUUUACUUUGAAUAAACAAUAUUUUAAAAAUUCCUAAAAAAAUUUUUUCCAAAAAUAAGCUUUCAGCACAAUUGAUAACAAACUUUACAAAACUCAGAACAACUAUUAUAAUCAGGAUUGCUCGAGAAUGUAGUGCCAGAUUAAAAAUUAAUUUUUCCAUUAAUUUUUGGAAAAUUUAUAUUUUGAAAUAAAUCUAGAAUACAGAUACCUUGAAAAUGUGGUAAGUACCAGUUUUUUUCAACUUUCUCUAAAAGUUUCAUUCUCUGCUGUUUUGAUACAAAGUAAAAUGACCUUAAACAUUUCUGUAACUUCAAAGUGGGCUGUCUCUCAGUUGAAACUAAACUCAUUUUCAUUGAACACAUUUGUUUUUAGUCCUGAUUCUAGCAGAAAAUUAAUUCAAUUAAAAAAAAUACACAUAUAGAUUACUAGAUAGAAACAUCUAUUGUUUCUGCUUCAGGAUUGAAAAAUUUUACUACAUAUUUUGAAGGGCGUCACAUACUCAUGAUUUUUUUUAUAAAGAAUACAAAGAAUCCAACCUUAA